GGCAGAGUGUCAAGAAAACGGAUACUUACAAUAGGAUUUUGAGGGAGAUGCCAUCUCCACUCAGAAGCUGGUGACACUUCCCAAGGGGGAGCCUGCCCUCCAUCUCGAGCUGUCCCUUCCUGCCGGUUGCCCUGACAGAGCCUGGUCACACCCUUCUCCUGCUUCUAAGCAAGACACAACUUGGCCAGGGAAGCAGGAACCCUGGUCCUUCCUCAGGGAAGCCCUCUGCUGCUGCCCUGCAGGCUGAGGGUGCCUCCUCUGUGCCCUGCAGCCUUCGGCACCUGCCCUCGCUAUUGCACCUUUCUCCGGAGCUGUAACCUCCUCAGGUCAGGGUCAGCACCUGUCCUAGCAUCACCCAGCACAUGGCCUGCACUGAGCACCUGUCAGUGCAUGUUGGUGAAUGAACCCAUGAGUGAAUGCAUAAACAAAUGAAGCUGAAUCCUACCAGGGGAAGGAAGAGGGUUAAUCUACAAUGGACAGGCUGACGUUGGACGAGAGGAGGAGGCCCAGAGAAGAGAUGGAUGAAGGCAUCCUUUAGCGUGGCAGCGACAAGUGAUUAGUAACUGGUGCUGCUUACUGUGCACCUACUGUGUGCUGACACGAUACAGGUAGAGGGGCAUCAAGAGUGAGUGUUGGGGACCCUCACCUCCAGCGGACACCCACAGGGCUAUGGGAUCCGACACUUGGGCCAAGAGCCCUUGAGUCUAGGGCCCUCUGGGCUUCUUGCUGCUGCAGUCGCCCUGUGGGGGUGAGUCGAGCAAGCCUGGGUCUUGGGACUGUGGGUGGAGCACAGACUGCACCAAACUGGCUGCUGUCUUCAGGAGGCCUGGCAGGUGGAGGGAAGCCUGGAGCUCCCAGGUUGCAGGACCCCAGAAAGGCAUCCUGCCUGGGAGUGAGCAGGACCUCGGACAGGCAUCUGGGAGACAACUCAACCCAGCACCCUCUUUCGAGCCCCUCUCUGUACCCAGGCCUGAAGAGGGGGCCACUCCUGCACCUCCCUGUUCCCUGAGCCAAUAAGUUCUCUUUCUCUAGCCAGCUUGAAGCUUUGAGUUGUAACUCAAAGGUUCUUGACUGAUACCUGCAGCUGGGAUUUGCACCUGGGUGUGUGGUACCAUCUCUCUUCAGUUAAGCAGGAUCCUGAGCAAAAGACAAGGGAACUCAGAAGGGAUCCCAUGGCCAGAGGCUCAGGUGGGAAAGGCAGGUCUGGGGGAGCCAGCACUUCAGAGCCCAGUGGGGGUGAAGCAGGAGGCUGAAGGCUGCAGAGGGAGCCUCUAGAUAGAAAAGAGGUGUUAGGGAUGCCAGGAUGAGCCGAAAGGGGAUGCAAAGCACAGGCUGGGCUCCUUCAAGCUGCCAGACCCCCCACCUUACCCAGUUCUCACUCAGCUCUUGCCUGGUACCCAGCACAAGGCUGGGGGACAGCAGUGACUGAGACCCCAGCCUGCCCUCUAGGAGCUCACAGUCUCAUGGGGAACUGGACUUGCGAUCAGGAGUGAAGUGGGACCAUCAACACAGGGUGAUGGGUGUGGAUGGGUGAAACUAGGGAUGUGGGAGCCCAGAGGGAACCCCAGCCAGCCUGGAACCCUGCUUGGCGGAGCUCCUGGGGGAUGACUGCCCCCUGGACAGCUCCCCACCGAACCUGCCCAAAUAAGUAGCUCAUCAUAGUCCCUGAAAAUGGUGCUCUCCCUCCAGAGUCCCAGCCUUCCGGGGGCAGACCCUGAGAAUCAUCCCAGGCUGCUGUUUCCUGCCCCCUCUUCCAUCCACCAGCCCCAGAUAAUUAGAGCAACAGCUUCAUACCCCCGUGCCCUCGGUGGAGCCCCUCAUUUGACCCUCAAGCCCAUGAGUUGGGUAUUAUUUAUACCUGGUCCACAGUCCAAGGCUCAAGUGAGGUCUCCAGCUGCCGCUGAUUGGCCACGUGCCAGUCCUCCAUGUGGUACAGAUCAGGGAGCUCCUGUUUGCCCCAGCACAGGCGCUCCCCCAUGCAGACUCCAUCACCUGGCCAUUAGACCCUGCCUUGAGGCACACCCCUCCAACCUGCCCACCUUUGCUGUCAGAACAAAUGCGGCUCCCCAGCAGGUGACAAAGCUCAGGCCAGGCUUCUGCCACACUCUGGCUGUGCUCAGGCCCUCAUCGCUGGCCCGCACAGCCAGACAGCCUCUGCUGGUCCAGAAGCAGGAACCAGCGUGUCUGGUCACCCAGUGUCAUCUGUGCGGUCCUCAGGGCAGGGACUGGGUUUUGUUACUGUGUUAGGAACUGACACACACUUCUUUACAAAGCGAGUAGAUGCGCCUCUUUCAUUUGGUCUUCACAUCAACACCAUAAGCUAGGAUAUUUUUUUUUCCUGAGGAAGAUUCACUCUCAGCUAAUAUCUGUGCCAGUCUUUCUCUGUUUUGAAUGUGGAUCACUGCCGCAGCAUAGCCACCAAGGAGUCAUGUAGGUCCGCGCCUGGAACCGAACUUGGGCCGCCGCCAAAGUGGAGCGCCUAACUUAACCAUUAGGCCAGGGGCCUCUCCUCCGUUUACAAACAAAGAGCUAGGAACAGAACCAUGACCCCUGCCACACUAACUGCCCCAAUGCCGAACCUGCAGGGACAUGUACAGUGAGUCCUAACGACCCCCCAACCCUAAGCUGCGCGCUCACCGCAGGCCCGCGCCGAACCCCGGGCAUGCGAGAGCUCACUGCGCCGCGUUCCUCCUCCUGUGUCCUCCGACUACAACCCCCAGAAUGCACCGGGCGCGGCGACUUUGCGCCGCUCUUUCAAACCGGCCAAUCCGCAGCCACGCCGGGCCCCCCGCGCCCCGUUUAAAUCCGGGGCGGAGACGCGGCCGCCCGGGUGUCGUGGCCACUCGGGUGACUCCCUGACAGCUCUCGCCAUGGAAGGAGGGGAUGGCAGCGACGAGCCUGCCGCCAGCCAGGCCGGAGAGGCGAAAGGGGACGUUCCCGUGAAGGAUGACAUUCUUCUUUUGGCUGAUGAAAAAUUUGACUUCGAUCUUUCACUGUCUUCUUCAAGUGCAAAUGAAGACGACGAAGUCUUUUUUGGACCUGUUGGGCAUAAAGAAAGAUGUAUUGCUGCCAGCUUAGACUUAAAUAAUCAAAUUCCCGAAGAGCCUCUUCUGCCAGCGUCUGAAAGCCACUUCACUUGGAGUCCUCUCACUGGGGAGAAAUUUGUGGAAGUUUAUAAAGAAGCUCACUUACUGGCCUUGCAGAUAGAAAGCAACAGCAAAAACAAGGUGGCCCCAGCUGCCAAACCUGAAGACCCUUGGAGCCAGGGUGUGGAAAGAUUCAUACAGGAAUCAAAAUUAAAAAUAAAGCUCUUUGAGAAGGGAAAUGAAAUGAAGAAAAGCCCCAAGUCACUUAAAAGGGAGACAUACUACCUGUCAGACAGCCCCUUGAGGGGACCGCCCCCCUCGGGCACCCAGCCCCCCUUGGGCGUGGCCCUGCACAGUGCUCCUGCCCAGGCCAGCCUCGCCCCAAGGCAGGGCCCACCACACUCUUCUCAUUCUCCUUUGCCAGUGGAACCAAGUACCGCUCAUCCUCCAAACCAGGCAGUGACUCAGAAAAAGGCCAUCAGCAGAUUGGUGCCACCCCGAACUUUGUCUCUUAGAGGGAAAAACGUUCACUUGGCCACGGAGAAGCUUACGAAAGAGAUACCAGCUAAUCCCUGCAGUAUGAAAACCCUAAAUGAAAAGGAAUCCCACAGGGACGUGCGCCCUGACAAGCCCAGCACUGCCCAGGAUGUCACCAGCCUGCCAGCCAAUGGAAGCUACUUGGUCCAAGGCAAGCGAUCGCUCCCUGUUCCAAGCAAGUUGGGGCUGAAGAAAACCCUGUUAAAACCACCUGGUUGUGCUGGCAGUCUUGCAAGAAAGUCCUCGUCGUCGGGCAGUGUUUCGUGCGUGACGUCCAGUGCGUGUGCUUCUCCAGCAGCAGGCAAAGCUAAAUCAAGUGAACUUCCAAGUAUUUCUGCAGAUAGUUCCCGGCCUCUGUCACACACCAACCAGUUAGGCAGAACGGGACCUGCCGUGUCACGGCCAUCUCUGCAGCCUGGCCCUGCCGGUGUGUCCUGCAGGCAAAGCAAGUGGGCUGAGGUUGCUGAGUUGACAGCUCUUGCCCAACCCCAGACUCCAGAGCAGGGAGGCCCAAGGCCAACCUCUCAUUCCAGUCUGUCACAGUCUUCUCAACGGAAUACAACUGGGAGUACAAGAGGACGAGAUUCCUUUCUGAAUUCCAAGACAGUGGUUAUGCCUACUCCUACAAAUCAAUUUAAAAUUCCUAAGUUUUCUACUGGUGAACCCCCAGGCAGUGCAACACCAAAGUUCUCUCGGGCGCAGAGGCCACAGUCCUGCACGUCAGUGGGGAGGGUGACUGUCCAUAGCACUCCUGCGAGACGCUCCUCAGGGCCAGCCUCACAAAGCCUUUUAAGCAGUGCGAGGACCCCCGUGAGGACAAGACGCAUGUCAGCAUUGCCCACACCUGUUGGCUGUCGACUCUCUGGACUCCCAUUGGUGACCCCUAAAACCGUGCCCAGGCCCCUGGCUUCUCCCCUGUGCAUGUCUGCUCGGCAGCUUUCUUCUGAGCCCCGGAAAAAGUCUGCAGUGAGAAUUUCACCAAUGAGGGAGAGCCAGAGCAAGGCUGCUUCUGGGUGCUCAGACUUAUCAUCUGAUGGGAGUUUUUCUCCUCCGUCUGCUGUGCCGCAGGCACUUAGCUUUUCUCCAGAAAAGAGUGAUUUUACUUUUUCAAAAAGUGUCACCACAGAAGCAGCGCUGGUGGAAGCACAGGCGCCUGAAGAUGCACCCCUCAGUGAGGCUGUUCUCGUGGAUAUCCAGCUGGAUCAACUUGUCAUCACUCCAAAAGCUGAAAGCGCACCCCUCCUCGACCUCCCUCUCAUCGACCUUUGCAGUACUCCAGGAGCGAGCUUGGCUCUGGGCUCCGAAAGUAGACCUCUGAUCGACCUCCUGACAAACACUCCGGACGUGAGCAGAAGCGCUGUGUCGAAGCCUCUCCACGAGGUGGGGCAGCUGAUAGACUUGGCCUCUCCUCUGAUCCAGCUGAGUCCCGAGGCUAACAAGGAAAACGUGGACUCGCCGCUUCUCAAGUUCUGAGUAGAACAGAAGCCUCCGCAUUUUAUUCUUUGUUGCGAGAACAGUCAGUCCUAACUUAGAAAUGAAUUGUAGGAUAAAUUGUUUUGGCAAAAUUAAAAAGGAAAACAAACCUAAGUCAAAUGACUGUGCCUGAGGGACUGGGGGGUGGUUUGCCCACCUGAGGUCACUGCUGCCCGCAGCGUCCGUCCUUGCUGCCCUGCCAGGCUGGGAUGCCGAGUGGAAGUUGCUCCAAAUGGAGAAGUUUGUUUUGGAAUUUUUGUAAGUAAAAUAGCAAGUGACUAUUUUUAAAAUUGUUUGUAUGACAAGUUAAAUAUUCUAGAUUUACAUUGUAAAAUAAAUGACAAUGAAUUAAAGCACA